GGGCAGGGCACCUGAAAGAAAAGAGAGAGCCGAGGAGGUGAUAGUGGUCGGCGAGAGGUGAGCACACGGAGUCUGGUCAUUGAUAAGCCGUCUCGGCUCAGUCGCAAAUCAAAACUCAAACACGAUGGAGGCACUGCCAGCUUCCGCUUGGCUAAUCUUUAUUUCCUUGGCUCUCGGUUCAAUUGUCACCACCGGGGCCGUUCAGGGUGGAGUGUUCAAGGAGCUAACUACACCCCUGGGUCACCAGAUCAUGCGACUGGCCAAGUCCGCGGAGAUGCGCUCCUUCAUCGACACAAGUGUGAGUCCCUGCGAUGAUUUCUAUGGCUAUGCCUGCGGCCACUACGCGUCGAUCAACGCGGCCACUCCGGAUAAGGACACCAACAUAGGUCAGGUCAUGUUCGCUAGCUACCUGCGUCGCGCGAGGCAGAUCCUCAACCAGCCGCGUAUGAGCUCGGAUCGGCCCAUGGAGACGCGCGUCAAAUACUUCUACGAAUCCUGCCUCGACACCGCGGCCUUAAAGAUAAACCAGCGCUCCCAACUGCUCAACGUUUUAAGGGAGUUCGGUGGCAUGCCUGCUGUGGAAGGCUCCUCGUGGGACGAGUUCCAGUUCGAUCCCCUAGAGACGAUGGCCCAGCUCCUGCGUCGCUACGGAAAGUUAACUCUUUUGGGAGUCUAUGUGGCUCCGGAUUUCACCAACUCCCAGAUAAACCGUCUUUAUCUGGGCCAGAGGGACGAUCUGGAUGUGCGUGACGAGGCCACCAGCCUCGCCAAGAAGCUGGAUCUUACGGUACGGUUGCAAGAGCAGCUGGGACUUUCAGAGCAGCUGGCCAGGAAGACUGCUGACGAAAUUAUUGACUUGGAGGCGGAACUGAGUCGCAGCGUCCUUGAUCGUGGCAUGGACCGCGACCCGAGACUAAGAAGUCGACUGACCAUGCUCAGCAACAUGACUGAUGCCUACGGACCGGCCUUAAACCUUACGCGCUUCGUAAGCUCCUGGCUGGGCCACGACUAUAUCCUGCCAGUGUACGAGAACGUGCCCGGCUAUCUGUUCCAACUAAAGAAGACUCUGCUGACCACGUCCAACCGGGUGCUGGCCAACUACAUGCUCUCCAGUCUGCUGCGGGACUUUGAGAUUCAGGCGGAUGCGCAGAAGCAAGAGGAGAUCUGCGCCGAGCGAAUCACAAUGCUCUUUCCCGAUGUAGUGGACCACCUGGUUUACUACUCUCUAGAGCAGCAAAGCCCCCACCUGCCCACCGAUCUAAAGCUGCUGUGGAUCGAACUGAAAACAGUUUUCGAGGAUAUGUUGAGUUCCGAGGAGCUGGACUGGCUAGACGAGAAAACGCGUGGGGACCUAGUGGAAAAACUAAAGAGCAUGAACUUCGAGGUGGCGGGCGAGAAGCCUGUUAACUUCGAGGAGCGAUACGGUAGUCUGGUCAUCAGCUCCGCCGAUUACUAUGGGAACGUGCGACGCCUGCUGGCCAACCAGGCGGGAAACCUCCGAUCGGAUCUGAUGCGGGACUCCAGGACCGAGAACUACUACGACGGCAUAAUCGGAUCGCCCUUUUACUUGACGGAGGCCAAUCUGGUGGUGCUGCCGGCCAGUUACAUGCAGCACCGCUACUUCUGGGACGAUGUCUAUCCGGUGGCUCUGAAGUACGGCACCCUGGGCUUCAUCCUGAGUCACGAGAUGGCCCAUGGUUUCGAUGACCUCAGCCGUCUCUACGACAGCAAGGGGAACCUGCAUGAUACGUGGAGCAGCCAAGCCACGGUGGGCUUCAAUCUGAUAAAGGAUUGCCUGGUGGAACAGUUUAGUGAGAUGCGCUACAGCAACCUGCGGCUGCCCAAGAUGGAGGCGCAGGGCGAGAACAUCGCCGACAAUGUGGGGAUCCGCAUCUCCCAGGCGGCAUACAGAAAGUGGCUGGAGCAAGCGAAGACCUUGGACUCAGAAGCUUUGCCCCAUAUGUCUCAGACCCCAGAGCAGCUCUUCUACCUCGGCGUGGGACAGUUGAUGUGCUCCGACAUUCUGUUCGACCGGCGUCCUGCCUUCCUCCGAAACAGCGCCCAUCCGCCCCACGAGUCGCGGGUUUUUGCCAUGAUGUCCAACAGUCAAUCAUUCGCUGAGGCCUUCCAGUGCGGCAAUCAGACCAAGAUGAAUCCCCCACACAGAUGUCUCAUGUAUUGAGGUUUCCCUUUCGUCUACCAGAUUGCGAGAUUAGUUCCCACAUACAUGUACGAUUUAUAAUAAAAUAUAAAC